UUCUCUCUCCAUUGGGAUGCACCCUAACGAUCGCGAAUGUUUACGCGCCGAAUGUAAAUAGAAGUUUUUUGUUUUUGUAUAGAAUUCGUUAAUUAACAACAACAAUGGGAUCGGAGUGGGACGAGUUGCAAGAAUCUGUGAAGAGUCUAAAUGUGACGCUAAACGAAUUUCCGAUCGGUGCAAUUUCGCUGGACGAUUUCACCCCCAUCGAGGAGAAGAUACGAGCAACCAGGGAAUCGUUGAUGCGUUUGAACGCUAAAUUCUUAAUGUACAGAGCGAAGUGUCAACAGUGUAUCGAUGGCAGAUGGAAGCGGACCACGAGCGAAGCCGGAGGUGUAUUGCAAAAUGUCAUAAGUGAUACACUUGUGAAUGCUAAGGCUGUUAAAUUGUGCCUUCACAGCGCCACUAUAGCUUCGAUUUUAAACAAUAAAGAAGGCAGUAUCGAGGAUCAAAAAAAACUUGAUGCUCAUAUGAAUAAGUUGUUUACUCUUAAUGACACUAUUAUGGCCACUCACGAGUCCAUUAAAGAGGCAUCUUUGAUACAGUUGAAUCUAAAACUGGAAUGUCAGAAAGCGCUGUUUGAUUACAAAACUUUUCUAAGCAACCAGGAACAGUUACAAAGUGAAAUAUUGCAGGAAACACAUCCUGAGAUUGUGAAGAAUAAACGUAAAAUGGAAAAAACUAUAUGGAAGAUAAAUGUAAUGAAGAAAUUAAUUCGAAAUUUUAUAUCAGCAUCAGGUUACAUGAUAGCAAAGGAGCACAUACUCUCAGAAAUGUUAGAGAAACAUAAAGACUUAAUAAGUAUUGAAUCAGUAGUAAAAAUGACACAAAAUAAAGAUGUGGGAGUAAGAUAAUAAAAGCAGAAAGAAAUAAAAAGGUGAGAGAAAACAAA